ACGCUCUUAACGGCCAUCCUGCAAGUUUUAAACAGCAAUAACAAAACAAAAAAUUAAGUAUAAACCGUCAAUGAUAAUUUAGUGAUAACGUUAUGAUACUGAUUACUCGAUAAAUAAGUAUAUUAUUCAAUAUUUAUGUUUCACAACAAAUAACAAUUUGUAAUUUAUAUUUUUUUAUUACUUUAAAUUAGCCAUAUUUUGUAUUGUUAUUUAUUAUUUUUUUAUACAUUUUCUUUUCGGUUUUGUUUGAAUUUUUUUUAUACACAUUAUAUAUAAUCAUUUAUUUAACAUUCACUCAAAAAUGUAAACGAUUAUGAUCAAUAAAAUGGACUGGGUCUCCGUUUCUUUUUACAGUGGUUUUUGUAAAGUAAAAACCUUAAUGUUAAACCUUAUAAUUUAUGAUUGAAUUAAACUCUUGAUGAGCAAUGAAUAUGAAUGGUAAUAUUUGGCGACGGGAGCCUUAUAUUUGUACAACAGAUGAAGUACAAUAUCCAAGGAUGGAACCUGAAGAGCGACUCGCUUGUUGGGCUCAAAGUCAUAACUAUGAAUUAGGGGACAAGAUAGGUGAAGGUUCAUUUGGUAAAGUUUUCAAAGCCUUACACAAAGAAACCAACCAAAUAGUUGCUUUCAAAUUUAUUUUCAAGCUCGACAAAUUAAAAACGUUACAACAGGAAGUUGACAUUCAACAGAAAUUACACCAUCCAAACAUUGUCAAAAUGAUUGAGUCAUUUGGAAAUGAAAAUGGGAUUGCCUUGGUCAUGGAGUUUGUGCCUCGAUCACUUAAAGAAAUCAUAGAAACUGAAGGUAUACUGAGUGAAGAAAGGACACAGGUGAUUAUAUGUCAUCUUGUAUCAGCUUUACACUACUUACACCAGAAAAAUAUUUUACACAGGGAUUUAAAACCACCAAAUAUUUUAUUGGACAACAAUGAUGUUGCAAAAUUAUGUGAUUUUGGUUUAGCAAGGCUUAUGUUAACUGGCACUCAAGUAUUAACUCAAGCAUCACUCAAAGGAACCCCUCUUUAUAUGGCUCCUGAAGUGAUAAAUUCUCCUGUUAUACCUCCAAUGUACAAUCAUAAUGCAGAUUUAUGGUCAUUGGGAUGUAUAGCAUAUCAUUUACUAUGUGGAAAACCUCCUUUUGAUACAAAAUGUUUGAUGCAUUUAGUUCAAAUGAUGAAAGAUCAACCAAUAAUUUGGCCAGAUACUGUGUCAGCUGUUUGUCAGAACUUUUUAGAACAACUAUUGCAAAAAAAUCCGUUACAAAGGUUAACGUGGCCUGGCCUAUUAGAACAUGAAUUUUUAAAAAACAACGUAUACGUGAUAGAUAUGGAUCAAAAUGAGGAAAUAGAUGUCUCAACAGAAUUUGAUAAUAUUGUGUCACCAUUAAACUCAAUGAAAAUAAAUGAAGAAGAAGAAGAAGAUGUAGAAGAAGAAGAAGAAGAAGAAGAAGAAGGGGACAAAGAACCCUCGGAUUCUUCUACUGGUCAUGAUUUUACAUCUAUAGAAGACACAACUGAAGAGGACUUGCGUUCAAGUCAAUCAGGUUGGUGUUCUGAAACUUGUCAAGAGUUAGAUGUGGGUUGUGAUAAAUCUAACUCUAUGACCGAUAUUACAACAUCUAAUGAUUUUAUGAGCGAAGAAUGGAUUGUAUUUCUACGACAAAGUGCUUCUGAAGUUGUUUCUGGGAAUAUAACAUCUAUGACUCAAAAAAGUUUUAUUCUGGUAGUAUUGUCUCCCUUAAAAAGUGGUACCAUGUCUUCCAAAUUAUUACACUAUGUUGUUACUGUUCUAGCAAUACCUUUUGUUACUCCAAAUAUUCAACAAACUGAGAAAGACUUAAUAACUAAAAUCUAUAUUGAAACUCAAGUCAUUCCGUGUUUAAUGCAAGCAUUUUCUAAUGCUAUCAAAUCUCCUACACGUAACUGUGUAUCACCUGCACCACCUGACAGUAUUGGCAUUCAAGAAUUAGGCAGUCUAGAAUCGGUGCUUCUAUUAGUAGAAGGAUUAUGCUUGGACAAACCUAUGGAAUGUCUUAAGCAACUUACUGAGAGUAUCUAUUUUUUGAAAAUUCUACCAUUAUUACAAAAAUGUUUAUCUUUGAGUCAUGGUAAUACACAUUUAGUUACUAAUACAAUUGCCGUAUUGAUAUUAACUUUAAUAUAUUUGCCAUGCAACAUUGGUUUAGUGCAAGACAUAGUUCUUGGGAAACAUUCGGAAGGUAGAAUUUCAAAUGUUGAGCUACAUAAAUUGCUUAGAAACAAUGAAGACCCGUCCAUAAGAGAAAGAACAUGUGUCCUUUUAUUACAUAUGACUAGACUAGAUCCUAUUUGUCUUCAAGAAAUUUGGCAUCAAACUCUUACAAAUGAUAUCGAGUUUUUAAAAAGUGACCCAUGCCCCAAUGUUGUCCAGGCUGCUAUUUAUACAUCUGAACUAUUGAAGAAAACACAAUUUUACCAAGUGGAAACAGAACAAUGAGAGUAUAUUAUCAUAAUUAAAUCAAUACACUAUGGUUGUUUUUAUUUGAAGUAUUAUCAUACAUUAUUUUAUAUUGUAUAAGGAGUGAAAAAGUUAAAUUUAAAUAAGGAUUGAGCCAUAAGAAUAAUGAUAAAUAAUAAGUAACGAUAAUAGUUAUUUAAAUAUAAAUACUUUUUGUAUAAAUUGAUUUAUGACGAAAAUACAAUAUGCUAAAUAGUCAUAAUAAUUAAAUCAUUUGUUUUUAUAUACUCAUAAGCAAGAUAAUAGAUGUAACAAAACGAAAUAUGAUGUAAAUUAUAUAAUAAUAGUAACAUCCAUAUAGUUUUGUUCGCCAAAAAUAACAGAUAUAUGAGGCAAACACUUAUUAUAGAUAAGAUUAACUGUUUUUCAAUAUUAUGCAAACUACUCGAAUAAAAAUAUGGGACAGGAAUAUAAAAUAAUAUUUAUAUAGUUUUUAAAGACGAGUGUUUAUUCUAACAGGAAUAUUAUUGGGAUCUAAACCAAAUAUUCCACAACAUAUCAACAUGUAAUAAUGAUUUCCCCACCUAAUACAUUUUCAAGUACAUACAAAUCAUAAUUUCUUAAGCUUCAUAAAUACGAUUAUAAAAAUUGUAUGCACGGGGGCCUUGUGUGUCACGGUGGUCAGCCUCAGUCACUAACGUGUUAUGAGGUCAAGCAUCGGCUGGUAUUGCAAGUUCCCGGACCACCUUGGUUUUUAGUGACAAAUCCUCGUCCCACAUCAUGUGUUCGGUGUUCCUCAACCAACCAUAACCCCUUACAUAUUGUUUGUACAUCUUAAAAUACUCAUAACUAGCUUUAAAAUUAAAAUAUAAUAAAAUGCCCAUGAGAUGCCCUAGAUAAAAACCUUACCUUUAAAUUUUAUAACCGGUCAUUUCACUCUAACUUUAGAAAUUAUUAUUAUUAUAAUCAUUAUAUGAACAUAGAAUUUGCCAUGUUGCACAUUGUUCAGAGAAAGAAAAUAAAUAGUGCGCUGACAUUCUCUUAAGAUCAAUAAAAAAAUUGAAUGUUUCUUAUUAAAUAGUUUAUUCUCUUAUGGUGGUACCUAAAUCACUAACUUCACAACAAACAUACAACUAUUUAUAAACGUAAUCAUUAUUGUAUUAAAAGAUAUAGUCAUGUGUGUUACUUUUAAUACAUAUCUAAUUAAUCGUUCCAUCUCUCACUUUAUAACUAUUAUAUCAAACUAAUAUGAUGUUUAAUUCAUCAUAUCAUAAUAUUUUAUUUUUUGUUUUUCUUGAGCUUAAUAGUAAAUUGGUUUUCUUACUAUCCCUUUUCACAUUUAACCUUUUCAAGUUUUUUUACUUUUUGAUCAUUUUAUCAUACCAUAAUUACAUCCUAUCAGCGAUUAUGUUCCUUACCAUCCCUAUCAUACGAUACACCAAGUAUAUUUCAGGGUAACAUUUUUAUUUUAUUUUAUUUGUUUUUAAUUUUAAGUUCAUAUAGAAGUUAUUGAUGUAUGAAUAUAACACAAACUUGAAAAUAAUCUUUUUUAAAUCCAGGGUAUACCCUAUUAUCUUGACCGCUUUUUCACGACAUAGGUGGAUUAACAUUAUGUAACAAUUUUAUUGCUUUUCAAUCUUAAAACAACGCUUACAAAUUAAUGAGCUUAUCACAAGUACCUAUAUUUUUUGAGAAUACGUCAGUUAUUGAUCUGACCAUUAUAUUGUUAUCUUCUUAAGUGUUCCAGCUUAAACUAUAAACAGUAUAAACACUUCAAAUAAAAUUUCAAAUGUGAAAUUACCUACACUUGGAAAGCAAAAAAUCCGAUUACAUUAUAAUUCACAGAUAGCAAUAUGUGGUAAUAUGUGUACAUAAAAAAGUAUUAUAAAAAUUAUCUGGUUGUUAUGAAAAGAAUAAUAGAUAAAGAAUUUUAAUUUAACAAUUUUGCAAAAAAAUAAUGAACAAUAAUAAUAUUUUAAUUUUUUGCUAGGCAUAAUACAUAUUAAAUACAGCCUUACAAGUAAAAAAAAAAACAUUACAAACCAUUUUGAUGAAAUAUACUAAUUAUAUCUGUCAUAAUGUUUGUUAUAAUUAUUUGGUCUGACAUUUAUUGUAUCUGUUUUGUUAUAAUAUUCUAAACUAUAGUCAGAAGUGUCUAUGAUCUCACAAAUAAAGGACUAAAAC